AUGUCACCAAGUGCCCCAGUCAUUGAUCAUCAAUCACUACCCACACGGUGCCGCCAGAGGAGGGCAGAGUCCCUGCAAAAAGAGGUCAAAGUCCUUAGCAGCUACCUGAGAAUCGGGGGCGAUGAGGCAAGGGCGUCGAGGGAGACCGCUUUCUCCUUUUCCAAGGCGAAAGAAAAAUGCACGGAGUUGCAGGCGAAAGUGAAAACGGCCAAGCGCCUCCUGGAUGCUUCGAGGGUGGAGUCAGCAAGGCUGUCGAGGCUGGUCGAGGUCAAAUCCCGCAAGCUGCAUGCGGCGCGGAAAAAGGCUGCUCGGGUGCCCGUGCUUGCUGCAGAGGUGGGCCGACUGCGUGAGGUCACGGGCAACACCGAGAGCGCCCUCGGGAAGGAGGGAAAGAGGGCCGAGGAGGAGCAACGACGGUCGGAAGCGUGGAUAGCUCGAGUCGACAAGCUAUCACUGCAGGCGAGACUAGGCGGGCGGGCGACGGGGGCCGUACAAAGCGCGGAACACUGCCGGACCCUUUCCGCCGAGAACCACCAACUGAAGGAAGAGAUCAAGCGCGUGAGGGAGCACCUGGAGGAGGCCAAGAGGCAGUGUUCGGCGGCCGGCGCAACAUCAAACGCUCUCCGACUGAAGACCAUCGAGGUCGAGCUUCUCUCGGAGGAAUUGGGCGCGGUGAGGGCCGACUGUAGCCGGCUGGUGCGACUCGUCAGUUCGACGAAGGAGUACGCGGAGUUCCGUCGGGUGUGGGACGACAGCGGGGGUCUCACCCGUCCCUACAACGGGGGCGCCAAAAGCUCCAACUUUGCCGAUAAGAACGGGGUUAGCAUCAGCCACGGGGUCAUCAUAAAGGCCACCGCUUCACAAGAAGAAGAAACGACGAAGUCAGCGGUCUCUUUCAGCAAAGCGGCCCCCUUUAGCGGAGGCAUGCCGCACACGACGACCACGACGGAGGAGCCCGCAGCGGCCGAAAGAGGCACGCCGAUCACCCGUUCUUCGGAUCCCUGGGAGCAGGCGAUGCGGUCGGAGUGGUCCAGCCCUUCCGAGAAGCUCAUCGGCGCUGCUACUGCAGCCGCAACUCCUCCUCCUCCUCCUCCGCCGCCGCCGCCGCCACCGCCGCCGCAGUCACGCCCCCUCUCUUCAGCGUCAACCCAGGUCGCGCCAACGGCGGGUGGCGGCGCCGCGUCGUCGGCAAAAGAGCGGACUCUAGCUGGGCGAGGGUCGAGACCAGAAGAGGCUCCAGGGCAGCCGACAGAAUCACCACCACCAACAAAGAAAAAAGUAUCGUUUUCCGGGCAGACGGUGGCGCCGCCGGUGGCGACUGGUGGCGGGAGAGAGGCGCACCACGGAGUGGGGAAAGGGCUUGGAGGUUCUUCGAUGUCGGGGACAGGGCUCGGGACGACGACGCCGGCGGUGGGGGUCGGUGUCGCACAUCGCCUUCGGGUACGAACCCUGACCCCAACACAGAGACGUCCAUGUGGGUUCCUCGAGACGCGGCGGGACUGUGCAGGCGAUUCGUUCAAGAUUUGGACGGCUACAGGUGGGAAAUACAUACUGCGAUCGGCGACGAAGCACCGUCUGCUCUGGGGUUUGCUGCUCGGGCUGAACGCAUGUUGGAGGCUGAGCGAGAGAAGGCAUGUCGAGAGACUGAGGACGAGGUAUCGCGCCGAGCUGGCGGCGGCUCACAGACGGUUACACAUGCGCAAGCCCUUGGAGGAAGUCGUCGGCGAACGGGCGGCAGAACGCCGUCGGUCAUCACAACCACUCACCACCUACUCCAACUUGGCUGCCGCCGGUGCUCUCGCAGCGAAGACCGCGGCCGGCGGCCACGGCCGGGCGCUGACACAGUGGGGUACGGAUGGCAGGAGGAUACGCAACGGGGGCGAAGAAAGCGGGCGGAGGAGCGGCACCGCUUGCGCGACUGAGUACAGCCGAAGCUGCAUGAGCUCUAUCAACACCAGUAGCGGCAGACCGCAGCCGGACAAGGAGGUGGGGACGAGGCUGACAAGGACGAAGGGCCGCGGAUGCAGAAGGGCGGUGGUCGCCAAGUGUCAACGGAAAAGUAAAGUUGGUGGUGGCGACGGCAUGGCAUCGAGCGCCACAUUGAGCGCAUCGAACACAUCCGCUGGUGCCGAAGCGAUUGAUAAUGUCCUUCGUGCUGCUGCUCCCGUGGGGUCGGCAGGGAGAGAGCGGUAUGCGUCGGACGGCGCUGCCGCUACCGCCGCCGUCGCUGCCGCCGCCACAGUUGCCGAGGCCGAUGCGGUUGCUAAUAGGAGCUACGGGACCGAGUGUGCGUGGAGAACUUCUUCCGCAGACAACGGUGGUAGUAGUCAUCUAGCCCGGUACAGGGAUUUCUUUGACCAAUACGAGGACGCGCUGCUUGCGGGAGACCGUCCGCACAGAGACAUCGAGGAGACGGUGACGACUCGCCAGCACGCACGCACGACGUCGGCAGAAAGAAAAGAAUAG